CUCCAAUCCGAUCCAUCCGGACCCUCGAGCAUAGUCCCGCCGAUUUAUUUGAAUAAAAUACGUAAACAAAAAUAAUUUCCAAUAGAAAUAGCUGUUAUUUGGCUUUCGUUGAGGUUCUUCGGUUGGAUUUUGUGCUCUUCAGUGUUAUGUGCUAGUUCAAAAAAAUAAACAGCGGGACGUAUUGGAAAAAUGACGAACAGCAUGAAGCAGACUGUUAUCAAGAACCCAACAUGGUGGAAACGCAGAUCAGCAAUGGAGCGUGGGCUAACGGUUGUCGCUGUAUCUGGCAUCCUUUUGUGUAUUGCCCUGGCAAUCGGUAUUGGCGUCAUGGUAGCGAAUUCCAAGUCGUGCGAUGUUAACAAUAACGGAGCAGUUUCUGCUAAAACCGAGAUGCUACCAUUCGCAGUCGCAGCACCCGUUGGUCGGCCACUUGAGAAAGCAACCCCAACUGUUAUCAGAGGACCAGAUUCUACCUGCACAACCCCGGCUUGUAUUCAUGCUGCUUCAAAGGUCUUAAAAAACAUGGACAGAGACGUGGAGCCCUGUGACGACUUCUACAAAUUCGCCUGCGGUGGAUUCUUAAAGGAUACACUUAUCCCAGACGAUAAAGUCAGUGUCAACACGUUUAGUGUCAUCGGUGACAAAGUCCAGGAGCAGUUGAGGAUCAGUAUUGAGGAACCGAGUUCUCCCAUGGAAGCGAAACCAUUCAGACUUGCAAAGAACUUGUACAAAUCCUGCAUGAACAAGACUGCAAUUGAAGCUCAGGGUCUCAAGCCACUUCUCAGUAUCUUGCAGAAACUUGGAGGAUGGCCAGUUCUAGAGGGAGACCAGUGGAACGAAGAGACUUUCAACUGGAUUCAAUCGGUUUACAAAUUCAAGGACCUGGGAUAUUCUGUCGAUUACUUCCUCGACUUUAGUAUCGGUGUGGACUUGAAGAAUAGUACAAAGCGAGUUAUUGAUUUGGAUCAAGCAUCCCUGGGGCUGUCACGUGAAUACUUAUCCAAAGGUUUAGAUGACAAAAUAGUUAAGGCCUAUUACAGUUACAUGGUGGACAUUGCAGUGAUCCUUGGUGCCAAACGAGAAUUCGCUGAGAAGCAACUGCUCCAGUCUCUCAAAUUUGAAAUUAAAUUAGCUAACAUUUCUCUACCAAAUGAGAAACGCCGUAAUGCCACGCUUCUCUACAAUCCUAUGACAAUCGCCCAGCUCUCGCAGACGUACGCCAGCAUCCCCUGGAAGGAGUACUUCAACCGCCUACUCCCACCCUCCAUCCGAGUGGACGACAGCGAAAUCGCUAUCGUCAAUGUCCCCAGCUUUAUCACAAAUCUCGAGAAACUCAUGAGAGACACUCCUAAACAAAUUCAAGCCAACUACAUGAUGUGGAGGGCGGCAGCAGCAUCAGUCAGCUAUUUGAAUGACCAAAUAAGAAAACGACAGCUUCAGUACUCGACUGCCCUCAGUGGAAGGAUGGAAAGGGAAUCCAGGUGGAAAGAGUGCGUUGAUAUCGUCUCAGGAAGUCUCUCCAUAAGCGUCGGAGCUCAGUACGUUCGGAAGUACUUCAAUGAGGAUGCUAAAAAGAAUGCCAUUGAGAUGGUUGAGGAUAUCCGGAAGCAGUUUAAUCAGAUCCUGCAGAAGGUUGACUGGAUGGACGACGAAACGAGAAAGAGUGCGCUGGAGAAGGCUGCUUCCAUGACCAGCCAUAUUGCCUAUCCUGAUGAACUUCUCGAUGACAGAAAACUCGAGGAGUUCUAUCAGGAUUUGGAGCUCAGCGAUGAGAAUUAUCUCCAGAAUAUUCUGAAUCUCACGUUAUUCGGAACUGAGUAUUCAUUCAGCAAAUUGAGGAAACCGGUUAAUAAGAGCGACUGGGUGACACAUGGAAGACCUGCCAUUGUUAAUGCUUUCUACUCUUCAAUUGAGAAUAGUAUACAGUUCCCGGCGGGUAUUCUCCAGGGUGCUUUCUUCAGCAACGAUCGUCCAAAGUAUAUGAACUACGGUGCCAUUGGCUUUGUCAUUGGGCACGAGAUAACCCAUGGAUUUGAUGAUCAAGGACGACAGUUCGAUAAAGAGGGAAAUCUUGUCGACUGGUGGGCACCUUCCACUAAAGAAAAAUACCUCGCUAAGGCACAAUGUAUGAUCGAUCAAUAUGGAAAUUACUCAGUCGAAGAAGUUGGGUUGAACUUGAAUGGAAUAAAUACUCAAGGAGAGAACAUUGCGGACAAUGGAGGUAUCAAAGAAGCCUACUUAGCUUACAACGACUGGUCUGCACGCAAUGGUCAAGAGCCAAUGCUCCCUGGACUUCCCUACACCCCAAGACAAAUGUUCUGGAUAAGUGCAGCUAACACUUGGUGCUCCGUCUACCGCCCUGAGGCACUCAAACUCCGCAUCACCACGGGAUUCCACAGUCCUGGAGAAUUUCGUAUCUUAGGACCACUGUCCAAUAUGCCAGAAUUUGCUGAAGACUUCAAAUGCCCCGUGGGCUCCAAAAUGAACCCAGAGAACAAAUGUGCUGUGUGGUAAUUUUUUUUAUUAAUGUUAUUGAGGUAAUAAAGUUGUUUUAUCUUCAGUUUUUGUGAUUUCAUGCUCUCCAAAGCUUCACAAUCGAAAUCGAUUCACCUUGAGAUUUUUUAAAAUAUAUUUCGAAUUACGAGAAUUCAGUGAUCUAUUGGGAAAGAAAGGAAAUUUUCCAAAGAUAAUUUUGCAUUUCUUUUUGAAAAUGUCUCUGGAAUCGAAAGGUUUAAAAAAAUUUAUCAGAAAAUCCUUUGUUUGCAGAGAAUUGCAACUCUGCAAAAAUGGUUUUUUAACGUUUUUUUUUAACCUGUCAAUUCCAGAAAUAUUCCUAUUUCCAAAAUAAUGAGUAUGAAGAAAUCUAAUCAAUCUUGAUUUUUCAUUUCUUCCAAUAAAAUUGAUUGCGAAUUUUGUAGAGCUGGAGAAUACAGGCAUUUUUGCCUCUAGUUUAGGACUAAAUAUAAUAAUAAAAAAUGUUAAGGAUUUUGUAUAUAGAUACGAUUUCUGAUUCGACAAUAAGUCACGUAACGACUAAAUUACUGAUCAACAAAAAUCAGCAUUUUAAUGCAUUAUGAGGGUUUGAUUAAUUACUUUUGAUGAAACGAGCUAUUACGUUGAAACGAACAAAUGACAUUUUUUAAUAAUCCAAACUGAUAAUAGAAACGACAUAGAAAAUCGCAUUUGCGUAAUUACCAAGACCAAUUGAUAGGACAGAAAAGACGAAUAAUACCCAACCAAGAAUUGACAAAUUUGCAAAUUAACAAAUUGAGAGUUUGUUAAGUUAAUGUUUCGGAGUUAAUCCCUGCACUUAGAGCAUGGGUAUAUUGCAACAGUGUCCGCCAUAGAUAAUAGAACCUAAUUUUAAGGAUUUUUGGUAUACAUAGUCCAUAUAUUUAUUAAAGAAAGAACAUAUUUCGAAAUAAUUGUAGUAAAAAAUCAUGCUGUAUGUAUUUUGCUUUGCCGUUGUUGAGUGGAUUUUUUAAUAAAAAAAAUACAAAAAGUCUAA